AUGAUCAUAAGUUUAUGUUUGGGUUGUGGAUCACUUCUCUAUACUCUCAAUAAUCCAGAUCCGAACACAACCAUACGAGCCUUUUGUAAGGCACGUAUUUAUAUAAUGCAGUCAAGUUUUAUGAUGACUCGGUGGAUGAUAACUAUUGCUUGUAUUGAUCGAUAUGCAUUGAGUUCAAGAAAUGCGCGUCUACGACGAUUCGCACAAGUACAUAUUGCACGUCGUGUAGUUAUUCUUAUUAUUUGUAUUUGGCUUAUCUUACCUAUUCAUACGAUUGUAUUCUACGAAAUACGUCCAGGUGCCGGUGUUUGCGCUAUCGUAUAUAAUCGAGCAGCCGCACUCUAUCAUAGUAUCUAUACUAUAAUUACGGGUGGUAUUCUUCCUCCGACAAUUAUGAUUACAAGCAUUUUACUUAUUCGGCGUAAUCUUGCAGUUAAACGAGAUCUGCGUGAACAGCAGAUCAAUGUUAGUAAUUUUACAACUCAACAAACGGCUCAUACACGUAUUCAGCGUACACGUGAUCAAAAUGCAUUAGCCAUGCUGUUCAUACAAGUUACUGUCUAUUGUUUCGUUCAGGCACCCCAAUUACUCUAUACGCUUUAUGCUGCUAUAGUUAGCAAUGUUCCAGAUAAGUCACCUGAUCGUUUAGCUAUUGAACGAUUCUCAUUCUUCUUUGCUGAAUUGUGUGUAUAUCUGUUUCCUGUUACAGCAUUCUAUUUAUAUAUACUAGUAUCACGAAGUUUUCGAGCCGAACUUUUCAGUAUUGUCAAUACAUCAAUCAUGGUAUGUUUCUAUAGUCGGGGUAUUCGUGUUGAACCAAUAACAAACUCGAUGAAUACUGGUACACAACGUGUUGUUAAAGAUGGGACAAUCUUAACAUUAUCACGUCAAAAACAAUUGACCGAGUAUCCACUUAAUGAAUUGCCCAAUGUUGCGUCCAGUGCCUAA